UAUUUUCAGCAGUAUUUUCAGCAGACGAAAACUAUCUAAACAAAAAGAAGAUAGUACAAAAAAAAAGUCCGUCUCCUAAUGUUUUGAACAAACGGAGCGUACAAAACAUAUUUAGAAGGGGGGAAACCUUGCAGUGGAUCCGUGUUUACCCAUUUUCUUAGUGGGACAGCAAGAAAGUCAUGAGUUCUGUUGAUUCCGUAGCUUACUACAUGCACGAGCUGAACCGAGAUUCAGGGAUGUAUGAAGAAAUUCUGACUGUUUUGGGCAUCUGCUACCUUGGGAAACUGACGGUUUCUCUAACAUGGUCUGCCAUCCAAGGAUUUAGAGCUCACGUUUUAUCAAGAAUCCUACCCUCACCAAGCAUUGCUGACACUUAUGGACGAUGGGCUGUUAUCACUGGUUGCACCUCUGGAAUUGGACGUGCUUACACAGUAGAGCUUGCUCGUCGUGGGAUGAAUGUUGUUCUCAUCAGUCAAAAUAUAGACAAACUGAGCGACUUGGCGAAAGAAGUUGAAAUGGAUUACAGUGUUGAGACAAAGAUUAUUCAGGUAGAUUUUAGUGAAGGCAGAUCAAUUUACCAAAAAAUUGCUACAGAGCUUGAUGUCCUGGAUGUCGGAGUCUUGGUGAACAAUGUCGGUGUUCUGCAUGGCACUCCUUUAUAUUUUACGGAAUUAAGUGAAAAUGAUGUUUGGGAUAUGAUCAACGUUAAUGUCGGAGCCAUGACUAUGAUGACUAGAGUCGUUCUUCCAUCAAUGUUGAGAAGACAAAGAGGAAUCAUUGUUAAUCUCUCAUCCAUAUCAUCUAUAAAACCUGUGCCUCUCAUGGGAGUUUAUGCUGCAACAAAGGCAUACAUUGAUCAUCUAUCUCAGGCCCUAAGUGAAGAGUGCAGAGGAACUGGAGUAAAAGUUCAAUCACUCAUUCCUGGAUAUAUUAAUACGAGUAUGAUCAAGUCAUACCUACCACACCUUACUCAAAAUCCUUACCUAGUGCCAAAUGCCGAAAUGUUUUCCCGUCAUGCUAUUUCAACUAUUGGAAUUGUUGACCGUUCCACUGGAUACUGGUUGCAUGGUUUUUUUGCGUAUUUCAUGCAACUCUCACCAUCCUGGGUACAUCUUCGAAUAAGUCAUUGGUUAAACAGAAAUGUCAGAUACAAUAUUAUUAACAACGAGCGAAGUAAAGUAUCUCAAAUUAGCAAACACAGGUAGACAUGCCUUAUUAAUAUCUAUCUAUCAUGUUCCAGACAUUCCCCUUGUUCAUGUUGCCAGCACAGUCAAGAAUCUGAAAUAAAUUUGUUCCAUAUUUCUGAACGGUUGAUUAGUUGAGAAGUGUCAUAAGGUUGUUGUGUGCAAUUAUAUACCCUCACAAUGACUAGGAAUGUGAAGGAAAAUCCUCCAGAGUUUGUACUUAUAUGAACACAUGGCAAUUCCUAAUUCUUCCAAAGCACAUUUUGCUUAUUUUAUAUCCUGUAAUUUGCCACAUUUCUCUUGGAUGAUUUUCCAAAUCUCUGUCAAUAUUCCUAUUAUUAGCCCUUGGUCCUGUCAACUUGUGGCAGUGACGUCCGAAUGUCAUCCAUGUCCCGUGCUUUGUAUGUUUGAGAACUUUAGCAAUUACUCUUAGAACAGAGUAGGGAGUGUUGAGGGGUAAUCAGUAGAGUGUUGCACGCGAGGGAGAAUCUGCCUUCGGUGCGGGAAAUUACUGCCUCUACGGGCCACUGGUGCUGGCGCGGACAACUGGCAAAUUCUCCUUCGCGUGCAUAGUUCUAGUAAUCACUAAUCACCCUAAUUUUUUCAAACAUCACUAAUUUAGAAUCUCUGACUGUGUCCACAUGUAUAGCAAUCUUAUAAUGCAAUCACUAAUCAUACAGCAGCUGGGUUUUAAUGUGAGCUCAUUUAAAAGUUCAAAUUAAUGUACUUAUUUUAAACCUGUUCAGAAAAAACAGUUUUUUUAAUUUUUGGUAUGUGUAGUUCAUUGUUUAUCAGGCUAUGAAGUACGCAAUCUAGUCAUUUUCAGCUAUGUUUUGGUUUUAUGUAAUUGAAAAGAUAUUAAAAAUUGAGUUUCAUAUGUGAAAA